AUGUCCUGUCAUACUUUAUUCCGUGUCGCAUUACAAACUAGACACAUCGCAAACAAUGCGUCGCUACUCACCCUCCACAGAAUUAACGCGUUGAAUAAAUUACAAGCGUGCGGAUAUGCGAAAAAAGUGGCUGUCAAAGGCAAAGGAAAGGGAAUGGUUAAAGAGGAGUUAAAAGGACCAGAGGUGUGCAAAGAUCCCGUCAGACUGACUUCUUAUGCCGUGGGGGUCAACAUCUACAAACAAAGAGAGGACCCCAAAAUCAAACCUGUUGAAGACUACCCAGAGUGGCUUUUUCAGUUAAACCUGGAUGGACCUUACAAGCUUCACGAGCUAGAGGAGGAAAGUUGGGCGUACUGGAAGCGUCUCCGAAAGGAAAACAUUUGGCGUCAAAAUAAAUUGCGUAAAGGGAAAAAGUUCUAG